AUGUCACUGACAAUUACCCUAAUACUACCAUUACUACUACUAUUACUAUUACUGAACGAACAUCCGUUAGCACAAAAAGCUAUACCUGAUGAUAUACGUAAAAAGGUACGUGAAGCGCGUACAUUUGAUGAAUUGCUAUCCGCCACACAACUUUCGUAUGCAUCACAUUUACUUGGAAAUGAAAACGAACCAACCUUCAAGGGUCGCAAAGAAUUACAGCCAGCUGAAAUACGAUCUUACACGAACCGCAAGUUAUAUGGAGCAUCCGCAUUUCAAAAAUCAACCAUUACAAGAAAAUCCAAUUUUCGUGAAGAUAUCGACGCUAAUACAAGGAAAAGCUUAGAUAUACUGAGCACAAUUCGACAAGGUGCAGAUAUAUGUGAGUUGCAUAAAGCCUGUAUCCCUAUAUUACCGGAAAAUCCUGAUCCUGGAUUACUGAUAUUCCCGAGAUGCUAUGAAGUAACACAAUGUAUUGGGACAUGCUGUGAAUUCACCGAACACUGCCAUCCAACCAGUAUUGAAUAUAUUCAACAGCCGAUCAUUGAAAUGCUAUAUUCUGGCAAUAAUCUGUUUGUAAUCAAUCAAACGCGAAAUAUAACAAUCGAACAACAUACUGCUUGCAGCUGUCGACCAUGCACUCGAUUUGGUGCAGCUAUUCAAUGCUCGCUGAAGAAAACUGUCGGUCCAAACUGUGAAUGUGAAUGCGGGAAUAAAGAAGAAAAAAGACACUGUCAAGGUCCGAACAAGGCAUGGAAUGACGAAACGUGUACGUGCAGCUGUGUCACGAAGUGUUAUGGCAAAAGUAUUCUAGAUACACAUACAUGCUUAUGCUAUCAUCCAAGCAGUAAUCAAAGUUACAGGAACCUAGAUGCUUUUGACAACUUCCGGUCGGAUGUGAGCAGACUGCCAAGGCUUCGUCUAGCUCGAAGAAAGAUGUUCACGAAAACCGCCCUGUGA